CAGGUGACGAAUUAAGCUCACUCCCAGAGGGGAGUGUAUACGACUUGGAUACCAGCAACCUCACUCAGCAACAGAUCAACGCGCUUAUGCAGGAGCUUACGCCAUAUGUCUCACUGAUGCCUGUGAUGUUCUAUAACCAAACGAAUACACCGCCGUCAGACCGCCCGGAUACUAUAUACCUAUCCGCGAGCACGCUCACCUUUGCAUUGACGAUUGUGUUUGCUUCGAUUCUCUCUGUUCUAUUAUUUGCCACUACCUGGAUGCUGAUAAAAUUCAGGAAUCUUAAGGUCAUCCGCAGUGCGUCUCUGCCCUUCCUGUCCAUAGUACUCCUGGGUCAACUAGCUAUGUGUGUGUCCACGUGGUUGCUAGUUCCCGCCGACAACACCAUAGAAACCAUGAGUAGAGCUAGAGCCACCUCACAGUCUCUGUUCUUUGUUGCUAGUACUGCAACCCUCCUGGCCUGCGUACUGAAGACAUACAG